AUGGAGAAUGACUUUUACCUGCGUUACUACGUGGGUCACAAAGGCAAGUUCGGUCAUGAGUUCCUGGAGUUUGAAUUCCGACCUGAUGGAAAACUGCGAUAUGCCAACAAUAGCAAUUACAAGAAUGAUGUCAUGAUCAGAAAGGAGGCUUAUGUACAUAAAAGUGUGAUGGAGGAAUUGAAGAGAAUCAUUGAUGACAGUGAGAUCACCAAGGAAGACGAUGCUCUGUGGCCCCCUCCUGACCGAGUAGGCCGGCGGGAGCUUGAAAUUGUCAUUGGCGAUGAACACAUUUCUUUUACAACAUCAAAAAUUGGUUUCCUUAUUGAUGUCAACCAGUCUAAGGAUCCAGAAGGCUUACGAGUGUUUUAUUAUCUUGUCCAGGACCUGAAGUGUUUAGCAUUCAGCCUUAUUGGAUUACAUUUCAGGAUUAAACCAACCUAG